GGUGUGUGUUUGGACUACUGGAUCACAGCAUGACAGUGAUGUGCCUGUUGCACACUCUAUAUCUGAUAAGCUGUCGAUAAAGAAGAAUAUUUCUAAAAGGGAACUUGAAUGUGAAGAGGGAGAAUAUCAUGCAGAAACUAUGUGCUGUAAAAUGUGUGCACCAGGUUCAUUUAAACAUGCUGAUUGUACAAAAACCAACAAAACCGCAGUUUGUGACCCAUGCACAGAAGGAACAUACACGGAACAAGACAAUGCCCUCCUGGAGUGCAUGAGGUGCAGGUCAUGUGACACUAUACUUGGUUUUGAAGUUGAAAAACAUUGUACCACCACUCACAACACAAAAUGCAGGUGUGCACAACACCACUUUUGCAAUUCUUCUGAACCAUGUGGACACUGUGAUCCAUGCAGCAAGUGUGAAAAUGAUGCCAUUGAAAAAGAAUGCACUCAGACCACAGAUACCAUAUGCAAAAGAAAAGGACACUUCUGGUGGAUCUAUCUAGUGGCUGGAAUCAUAAUCACAUCACUAGCAGCCAUCGCAGUGUACUGUUACAAGAAGAAACGGCAGGAUUUUGAUUUGAACAAGGAGAUGCCGUGUCAGGAUGUCCACCGCCCACCCAUCUGUGUUGAAAUGGAGCCUCUCAUGCACCCAGAUGUCGACCUGAGCAUCCAUAUUCCAGCUAUUGUAGAGGAGAUGACGCUAUCACAAGUGAAGGCUUUUGUUCGAAACCGUGAAAUCUCAGAAACUGCCAUAGAGCAGACCCUCCAAGAUAAUUUAAAUGAUUCAGUAGAGCAAAAAAUCAAAUUAUUCCAUAUCUGGUAUCAACAUCACGGGAUGAAGGGGGCUUAUGGAAGUUUGAUCAGCAGCCUAAGAGAAUUAAAAAUGCGUGCCGUUGCUGAUAAAAUUGAGAAAAAACUGAAUGUGGUCACUUGCAGCACUCAGGAAAAUGGAAAAUGGAAUGUCAGUACAGCUGAGUAAACAAAGGCUAUUCUGAUGGACAUAAUGUGUAGUCAGUGGACACACUAUCUAAACACAUUAGUGUUUUUGUAUCAGCUCUUUCAAAGGCGCUUUCCUUCAUCAUUUCUACCUGAUUUUCCUGACUAAACAAGAGGAAAAUGAACAAUUACAGACAACAUGGCUAACUUCUGCAGACAUAUCAAUGUGCAUUUCAAAGACUGAGAUUUUCUUACUUGAGGAAAAGGAUUGGGAAGGAUUCACUAUAAAAAAAAGCAACCAUACAGUAGUUCAAGCAGAGGACUCACAAUGCUGUUGCAUGCAAACAAGUCAGCUAACGUUUUGAAAUAAAGCUUUAAAGAUUUAUAGUCCUAAACACGGGAUAACCUUUGUGUUUAAUUAUGCUCAAGUUAUGGUUUAUAGCUAUUUUCUUUAUGUAAAGAAUGAAAACUCUGGUGGUAUGUUUACAGUAUUUUUCAGCAAUAAUGGUGGGGGGGGAGAAUUUGUUUUAAAAUUAAAGGCUAAGUUUAAUGUAAUUGAUAAACAUGUAAAGAUUUACUUACAUGAGAAAUCCCAUUUAAAUCACUGAGGCUAUUCACUUGUGUAAAUUUACAAGAUAAAGAAUAUACUUGUUUUUAUAGUUUA